AUGGUUACCGUCAAUGCCAGCAUUGUGCCUUUGGUACACACGGUUUGUGCUUCAGUAGCUUUCUUAGCUGCUCUCAUAAUUGGUUGUAAGCUGCACUACUACAAAAUUAUAACGAACUCGCAUUAUGCAUACCCUGAGGAGUGGUUUCCCAGUGUUUCGGCUACGAUCGGUGACCGCUACCCCGAGCGGUCUAUAUUUCAGAUUCUGAUAGCACUAACGGCCUUCCCACGGUUUUUGCUAUUGCUAGGUCACUUUAUGAUAAAUAAGUCCACACCCUGUUUCGUCGUUGGCUUUGUUAGGACUAUCACCUGCGGCGGCUGGGUUUACAUUACCUCAACCGACGACCAUAACGCGCAUGAUGUAUUUAUGAUUUCUUACAUUGUGUUGACUUUGCCGUGGGACAUUUUGGUAACGCGAAGCUCCGAAUUUAAGGUCUACAAGAAACUUGCCAUGUACACCUUUUUCGGCACUCUCGUUCCGUUGAUCUAUUGGUUCCUUCAACAUAAUCUGUACCACAGAGCCGGUGCUUAUUCUAUUUAUGCUUACUUUGAGUGGUCCUUGAUUCUCUUAGAUAUUGCUUUCGAUGCGUUAGCUUUUCAGGAUUUUAAGAAGCUAAGCUUGAACUUGGAGCUCAAGUCGAGCGUGGGCAACUGGUUCUUCAUGUUUGAAAACAAGGAGUCUUUACCACCAGCUGCCGCGCAAGAAAUCCAAGAAGUGAUUAAUGAGGAAGAUACAGAUGGUUCCCUCAUUCAAGAUACUACAGUGGAAUCAGACGAUCCCGAUUACGCUCCUCCACAGCAUGAAUCAAAAUAUGAGGUGGACGCCUCCGAUUUCAUCGAAGAAGAAAACGCAAUGCUUCUCUCAGCGGAUGAAACCGAAUUGAAAAUUAUGAUUCAAGAAGAUGAGGACUUACAGUUCUUCGCGAAUAAUGGUGCGGCGUUGCGCAUUCCAUCGCAUGACUCAAUGCUUUAUAUUAUGGUGAAUGUAAUAAACUCACUUAUGUUCUGGACCAUGCUCACCUCUCUAUUAUGUAUGGUUUGGUACUUCCCGCUAUGGUACAUGGGCAUAUCUGGUUAUGAAGCAUCAAUUUUUUCUGUUGUUUCUCCUUUCCUCCUUUACAUUCCAAGUAUUCCUAUGGUUAUUGACGUAUAUGGUCCGCUGUUAAUCGCUGUUAUUGGUAUCGGAGCUUUCCUUGUCGAGGAGCCAGAGAUGCGGCUUUUGACGGCUUCUUUAGCAGCGGGAAUAACGUCCAUGACAUUCAGCAACACUUUGAAAAAUAUCACUAGUCAGUCAUCAACUCAGAUGUACACCAUUACCUGGAUAAUGGGGUUAGUGGCUUCUGUCGUGCUCAAGAUGGCUUUUUUCUCGAAUAACCCGCUAUGGCCUAUUCUGAAUGAAAAUAAUGGAGGCUGGAACAAGACUGGAUUGAUUGUUAUGAUGCUUGUAGCACUCUUCACUCCACAUGUUAAUGCUGUGCACUACCAAAAAGCGGAUACAACAGCGUUUAAAAACCCACGUCUCGUUACAAAACUGCUCGUGUCCAUAGGUUUUGGAUCUUUAGUUUUUUCUAUCCAUCAACUACUCACGGAUGCGUCUACUAUUAUUUAUUGGUCUUGGGAGGGCUGGAGCACAAACGGCCCGCAAGGUCCCUUGACAUGGCCUUAUAGCUCUUUGACAUGUGUCUGCAUGCUACUUGCCGCUUUAACUUCCAAUAGGUUUUGCGGAAAGCCUCUCGUACCCUCAUUGCUACUGUGCCUUUCAACUGGUGUUUUAGCAUUACCAUCUAUCACUGGUUGGACAAAUUACAUAUUAGGCGGUCUCGUCUACAUUUUUGGUAUGAUUUGGAUCAUUCCAACUUACUUUACAAAGAUGAGUAUUCUCAAAAGUCCCUGGGUUUUCAGCUUGGCCUUUGUGGUAUAUUUGAUUCUGGUAUUAGCUCACGUUUGGACAGUCGCAUACGCCUUUGUUCCUCAUGGGUGGAUUUUGAGAGAGAGAAUAGGGCUAGUCCUUGCAGCAUCGACAGCACUUGUUGUCAGUGGUGCGGUAUUUGGUAUGAGAGGCCAAGUGACACGUCAAAAAUUGUCAAAAAAAUUCUGGAAUCGCAUAUACUUUAUGGGCGCGAUAUUUUUGGCUUUGAUUGGUGCGAUAACCUACCGCUUAGCUCCCACUGGAGUACCUACUCCGUACCACAUUGAGGAUAACACGAUUACGGCGGGUAUCUGGACCAUUCAUUUUGGGCUUGACAACGAUAUGUGGUCGUCAGAAGAGAAGAUGAUAAAAGUACUCAAAGACAUGGAGGUAGAUGUCAUCGGUUUGCUUGAAACGGAUACCCAGCGUAUUACUAUGGGGAAUCGUGAUUUAACCAGCAAGAUGGCUCACGAUCUAGAAAUGUAUGCUGAUUUUGGACCAGGUCCUAAUAAGCAUACGUGGGGCUGUGUCCUAUUGUCAAAGUUUCCAAUUGUUAACUCAACUCAUUAUUUGAUGCCAUCUCCUGUUGGGGAACUAGCUCCUGCGAUUCAUGCCACUAUAAAAACUUACGAUGAUAUUUUGGUAGAUGUCUUUGUCUUCCACAGCGGACAGGAAGAAGAUGAGGAGGACAGAAGACUGCAAAGCGAAAAGCUCGCCAGCAUUAUGGGUAGCACAGACCGUCCUUCCAUAUUGCUAAGUUACUUGGUUACUGAUCCACUGGAAGGAAAUUAUAAUACCUAUGUGAGCGAGACCUCGGGCAUGCACGACAUAGAUCCUACUGAUGACGACAGAUGGUGCCAGUACAUCCUUUACAAAAAGCUAGGAAGAACAGGGUAUGCUCGUGUGAGUCGCGGAUCCGUCACCGAUACUGAGCUGCAGUUUGGAAAAUUUAAGGUUUUGGACAACGAAGAAUUGGCAGCUUAUGGCGAUUCCAUCUAUGAAACCGAACUGGUGGACGACGUUGAAGAUAUUCCUGAGUCACAGAGGUUUCCUGAAGACUACCACGGUGAGGGUCAAAACGGUCAUUACUAUCACGUCUUCGAUGCGCCUCGGUACUAUCAAACACCUUGGUGA